AGGGAGCACCGUGAUGUUGGGGCGAAGAGGCGGAGACCAGGCGGGCAGGUUGAAGGAUGUGAAGUGUGAACAUGGCGGAGAGGACCACAUGAAAAGUGGAGGUGAUGAGGACGUUGACAAAUACGAGGAGGAGCUGGACCCAAGAAUUCAGGUUGGACGGAAAAAUACCUUUUCUCUAAUACGCCGCUAAAUACAUAUUUAUUUAGUCAUUUAGGACGGUACAUAUUGAAUAAAUAUGUUAGUUACGGCUACAAAAAAGGCAGUCACCGAUGAAGCAGACAUAUAUUUACAUACACUUUGAGACAUCACGCACUUUUAAUGAAUUGAAACGGUUAUUGUCUUAUUUAAUAGUGUCAUUGUAUUCUUUAUCCAGUAAUAUGAAAUACAUCACUUUUUAAAUGUACCAUACACAUGAGGUGAAUUUGUAUCGGUAUUGCAGAUACCAGCCUUAAUGUUCCUAUCAGAUCAGAAACAAAAUCAGUGGUAUCGACAUCACGAUGAUUAGGUCAUGAGUACAUGAAUAUUUGUAUCAUAUGGCAAGAAAUUGCACCAUAUCAUAUUGGAUUGCAUUGAUUCGAAUUAAAUGAUUAUCGUAUCGCCGGAAAUUGCAUGUAUGGUAAAAGUAUACACUUGUUUAAGUCAAUUUCAUCUCCCCAAGCGUAUUCUUUCAUCUCCAUUUAUGAGAAGGAAUAAAACUCAAACACUAGUAAAAGUUAACGUCAUGUAUUGUAAAAUUGGUCCGACAGAAUAAAAUCACAAAAACACAGGAGUUUCUCUUCCAAUGGCCGCCUGCAGCCUCCCAACGAUAAGAAGGAAAGUCAGCCCCGAUUCUUGCAUCCCAGAUCGCCUUAGAUGGGGUGGAGUUGGGGGUAGAGUGGGUGAAGGAUCAGGAUCCCGUUCCCGGACCAGAUACCAGACUAAAUAAUGGUCAAUUCCUCAGAGGCCUUUUGGUUCUCCCACACUGACCCCUGCAAAGAUAACAAGAAGAAACACAACACAGGAUGUUGUGCCCUGAUUUCCUGCCAGUUAACUGAAUGAAUGUGAGUAUUUGUACGUAUGUACCCUGCGACCGGUCCAGGGUGUACCCCGUAGUGGUGGGCAAAACUUUUCAUUUCAGUGAACCGGAUCAUACUGGUUCAUUCAGUAAAAAGAUCCGAUUGGUGGUUAGCCUGUGAUCUCCCCCUGUGCAUAGACCCGGUCCGCCGUGUCCAGUCAGUCCGUUCACUCAUGUUCACGUUCGUUUCGACUCAACUGUCGAGUGUCGGUCAAUUUCUCGGUCUUUCAGUCAGACGAUAGGAUGGGAAGCACGCAGAUAGUCCCGCCCUGCCAAAGGAACAGUGAACUGACUUUUCAGUCAAUCAAAAAAAAAAAAAAAAUUGCAAUUGAACAGACUGAACGGGUAUUUUAGAGGCGGUGACCUUGUUCAUUCAGCUCACAAAAAAGAACCAGUUCUUUUUUCCCGUUCGUUCAUGACCGACACACCACUAGUACCCAACCUCUUGCCCGAAGUCAUCAUCAAGGAGGAACUGGAACAUCUCAACCAGGCCAGCGAUGAGAUCAACAAGCUUGAGCUUCAGUUGGAUGAUGCGAGGUCCAGCUACAGGAAGAUCCUCACAGAUUCUGCCAGAAAGCUGAAUGCUCAGGGUUCCCAGCUGGGGGCCUGCAUCGAGAAGGCCAGGCCCUACUAUGAAGCACGCAGGCUGGCCAAAGAGGCGCAGCAGGAGACCCAGAAAGCGGCUCUCCGGUACGAGAGGGCCGUGUCCAUGCACACUGCAGCCAGAGAGAUGGUGUAUGUGGCAGAGCAAGGUCUGCUGGCCGACAGGAACACCAUGGACCCCACCUGGCAGGAGAUGCUCAACCACGCUACGGCUAAGGUCAACGAGGCUGAAGAAGAGCGUUUCCGUAGUGAGCGAGAGCACCAGCGAGUCACGCAGCUCUGCCAGGACGCGGAAGCCCGAGUCCAAACCCUGCAGAAAUCACUGAAGAAGGUCAUCGUCAAGUCCAAACCCUACUUUGAGCUAAAGGCUCAAUUCAACCACAUUCUUGAGGAACAUAAGGCCAAAGUCGUGCACCUGGAGCAGCACGUGUCCAAAGUGAAAACACGUUAUUCCGUGGCUCUGCGGAACCUUGAACAGAUCAGCGAGCAGAUCCACGCGCAGAGAGGACGAAUCCCCGUCAGUCAGGGGCGUCCCACCGCGUGCGGGGGCCGGAGCUCUCCAGUCGGCGCCGAGGCGGAGACCCGAGUGGCCGUCGGGGUCCCGAGCUGUAGCUUGGCGGGGGUGCGUGGAGUGGAGACGGCCUGGGUGGACAAUGAGAAAACUCGGCUGUGGGUGGAGAAGCACCGGGAGAGCGGCUGGGGCCAGAGGGAGCGGCUGGAGGGAGAACGUGGCGCCUCAGACCGCUUGUCCAUCAUCAGCCUGCAGACCAUCGCAUCUGACCUGGAGAAGUGCGACUCCGUCGAUCACCUGGGCGACCUCAGCGAUGUUGGCAGUGUGCUUGGCGAGGCGUGGGACUGGAGCAAGAAGAACUCGCCCGGGCCCGGUGUGGAGGUGACUGACGCCCCCCCGCAGAAGGAGGCGGCUCAUGGCAAAGACGAGCAGGAAAGCUUUGGAAAGAAGCACCGCAGAAGUGUGAGUCUCUAACGUUUGGAGGAAGCUCAUCAACAUGGACAGGAACAGGAACAGGAACAGGAACAGGAACAGGAACAUGGACAUACUGGUAAUCAGUGCGUGGAGGACAACAUCAGAACCACCAACCCCAAGAAGGGAUCCUUUUCUGUGCCGGCGACUUGAGCAUUUCCCAGCUGCCUUUGGGCAACAUGACACAAACACGCAUUCACACUCAAACCAGCUGGGCACCGACAUCACUCCCAGCAUGCUUUGUGGCACUCCUUUUCUAAAAAGUUGCUAAAGUUAACCCUUAGAUGCAUGAGUGACUCUUCCAUAAGUGGGUCAAAAAUCACCCAUAUCAGCCGAUACAACCGAUACUUCUAUGCUGAUAUCAGCCCAUUUUUCAAAUAUCGUUAAAUAUCCUUUUUCAUGAUUGGGAAAACCAAUAUCGAUAUCAGCCGAUGUAACCGAUAUUUCUAUGCUGAUAUCAGCCCAUUUUUCAAAUAUCGUUAAAUAUCCUUUUUCAUGAUUGGGAAAACCAAUAUCGAUAUCAGCCGAUAUAACCGAUAUUUCUAUGCUGAUAUCAGCCCAUUUUUCAAA